UGAGAUCGCUGCAUCCUGGGGCGCGAUCUCGUCUCCAAUCUGCGAAUCACUUCUCAUCUGUCUCAAUCUCUCUCCAUAUCUUGAUCUAUGAAGCGCUGCAAGUUCCGAGUGAUCAAAGAGGUUUUAGGGUUCUUGGAGGCCGCGCUCAUGGGUUGCUUCUUCGCGUGCUUUCGGAUCAAAAACGAUGAAGAUGGGACAGAGACUCGUUUGUCGACCAAUUCGAUCCCUUUCAAGAACAGGGAUCGUUUGGUUUCAAAGAAUCACUUUGAUGCUGUGUCGCUUUGCGAAGAGAAAGGUUCCCCAUGUGUGAAAGUUCGACAUCCAAGUUUACAAGAAGAUCUUGGUGAGGGUAGCAUAAGCAGGGAUCUUGAGCAUGAGGCCAAAUACCUGAAAUCUUGUGGUGCGCUACUUGAAACCCCCGCUGAAAUCCAGAGAGCAUCAGGAAAAAUAGUUGUUCAAACUCCACAAGAGGAUGGUGUACACUUGGAUUUCCAUUCCUGGCUUCCUGUGGUACCUUGUAAGAAACUUCAAUGGGAUGAACAAGUGAAUCCGAUUUCUGAUUCUCCGGCACAGGUGGAUAAUUCAGAUUAUCUGGAACACAUAUCCAGAGGCUGUAACUCUGAUGAACGUCAAAUUUUGGCAAAGGUUGUGCAAUGUGAGGAGAUUAAGCAUGUGUCUGCAGUUGAGUCAAUUGUUGAAUCAGUAAUGUUGGAUAUUUCUCCAUCUAAAGCUGCCACCAAGGUUGCAGUGCUUGAUUCUAAUGAUUCACCUUAUCCAACUCCAUUGAAUUUAACCGAUGAAAUGCAGACUCCUGGAACAGUUCAUCCAACCAACCAGGAGAAUAUCAGAGCUAGGAAGAAUGGUAGGAUCCGAACACAGUAUGUGUAUCCUGUUUUAAAGCCUGUGGAGAACAUAUCCCACUGGAAGGCACCAAGAGAAGAGACUUCUCUUACUCAAUCAGCUGAUCAUUCUGAGAAAGAAAAGAAAAUUCCAAGUCCAGAUUUUUGGGGAAGAGGACAGCAGAUUUCGUUCACUCCAGUGCCUGCAGAUUCAAAAUUGUUCGAUUCCUCAAGCUUCUCAUCUCCAAAUGAAAAGAUAAGCCAAGUCCAAAACAGAUGUUCUAGAGAAGAAUCUGUCCAUGAUAAUAGUCUGAGUAGCCCGGCCCUACUUUUCAAAAAUGGUAAGCAGCAACAGAACCCCAAUGUGGACACUCCAAAUCUUGUUAUUUCAAGCUUAUCUCCAUGGCUGAAGCCUCCAUUUCCAGAGGAUGAAAUAAGGAACAGCGAGAAUAUUGCAAAGGAAAAACCCCAUUCUGAAAAGAGUUCUGAUGCAGGCAGGCCUAUUAUUGGAAUUGUUGCUUCACACUGGAAUGCUGAUGACCUCUCCCAUAUCUCGUGGGAUGGAAAUGGAAUUCCAAAUACAACAACAAAGUAUAAGGAGAAUCAAAAGGUUAGUUGGCAUGCAGCCCCACUCGAAGAUAGGCUGGAAAAGGCUUUAUCAGAUGAGAAACUUCUCCCUAAGAGGAAGCUUCUUAACGGGAGACCAGUUGAGUUUGAUUGAGAAUGAUGGCUGCGGAAAAAACAGAAGUUUACUAAGCAAGCUCAGUUGCAUGGGAAGUUAGACAUUGAGGAUACACCUCGCUGACAAGCAUUGGUUAUGUUGUAUAUUGAUUCGUCCCUUUUACAUGCCUGCAGUCAUUCUCUGAACUGCUGCUCAUGGAGUGGUGAGGCUGUGGCUUCCAAUGUAUAAAACUAUAAAUGAUCCUUCUUUUCGAAUGGUCAAAUGAAAAAUUGUUGUA